AAUGCAACAAAAACAACAAAAACACACGCAGUUUUUGGCCGAAUUGUAUUAUAAAAACUAUAUAAUUGAUAAUUUAAAAUGACAAAGAAGGUAUUUAAUUAUACCUAAAGUGAAAAGUCUGCCUACAAAACAAACUAAACGCAAUCCAAAACAUCCAGCCAUUAUUCUGACCGAUUCGAUACCAACUCUAAUCUGGCUGGGUUUUAAUUCUUUAAAAAAUACAGAAUGGAAGACCCAUUAAAGCCCAAGCCAGUGCCACUGGCAGCAGAAACAGUAUUGUGGUUUGAGUUUCUGCUUGAUCCGCACAAAAUAACACAGCACUUGCAAUGCAAAAAUCCAGAGCCCAGCGCCGUAGAACUCAUCAUGCAGUUUAUCAGCAUGACGCCGGACACCGCGAUGGCAUCCACUGUAGUGACGCCGGGCAGCGAUCUGCAGAAUAUAACGGGCGCCAGCGUGGGCGCCAAUGCAACCACGCCCGCAGCUUCAGCCGCUCUCAGUGUGCCGCCCAUGACACGACAGGCUGAGAUUGGACUGCAGCUGACACGUAAGCAACUGGCUCUGAAAAUUCUGGAGCUUAAGGUGGCCACUUGGCUUCGAUGGGAUCUGGAUGUGCUGGAGAAGAGUCUGCCGGUGGUGAUGCAGCUGGGUCUGUUGCGCGAUCUGUGCACCAUUAGCUAUGGACGUGCCGUCUCCAUUCCAUUCGCUAGUGAUUUUGAUUUUCGGAUUUCUGCUACUGGAAACGAGCGCGCUGCACGCUUCGCACUCACCAUCUAUCACCGCACGCUGCUCCGACUGCAGCUCAUCAAGGACAGCGCCCUGAAGGCGGUGCGUCCGCUCAUGUUUCAAACUGUGGAUCAGCUGCAGCAGUUUCUGGAGACGCCAACGCAGCCCUCCAUUGAGUAUUUGGAGCAAUUGUGUUUAUCUGCCGGCAGCAAGGCCUUCCAUGUGUUUCACUACGACAGCUUUGUAACGCUGCAAUGUGACAACCUGAGCACCGCCCAGAACUACGACAUGAUGCACCUGAUCACGCCCCAGGAACUGCGCGCCCAGCUGCAGUUCGAACUGGCCCAUUACUACCUCCACACCAAGCAGUAUCUGCUGGCGCGCGAAUCUGCAGCCGCCUGCAACAGUAAUCUUCAAUCGUUGCCCGCAGGUGCAACUCUUUACUUCUGUCACAUUCGGUCCGCGGAGCUGGAAGGACUGCUGCAGGCAUGUGGCAUCAGUGCACAGCAAAAAACGCUGUUGGAACGCUUUCAUCAAUCCCUGCUUAACAACUACGCGGACAUUGUGUCCAUACUGCGCCUGGACAAUCGUGCACGCGAGAUUCCACUGGUGAGCCGGCGCAACGUGGAACUGGACAUUGAGGGUGCCAUUUCGACGGGAUUGCUCAAGGAGACGCGGCAGUUGCUGCUCCAGGUAGCCGCUCUCAAUGUGGUGCGCACUGUCUUCGAGUGCGGCAACAUAUUUGGCAGUGUCGAGUACUUUGAGAAGUAUCGCGACCUGGACUGUAUGCCGCCCAUUGUGGAGGCCAUGCAGGACGCAGUGACGCACUGCAGCCAGCGGGAGCAGGCGGCUCUGAAGCACUUUAUCAUUGACUGUGUUCUGUAUCAGCAACAACAACAGCAACAGGAGCAAAGUCGACAGUUGCUACUCACUGCCAAGGAGAUGGGUAUCUUCAGCAAGGAAGAACUGGUGGAUUUGGACGAGCAGCUCGUGCAAGCAUCGCUGCCCGUGCUCAGCAGCUCCUUGGCCACACUAAGCGAUUGGAUAUGCCACUCAAAGUUGACUCGCGUGGAUGUUGCCGCCUUGGAGCGACAGUUGAUAACCUGCACCAAUGCCAACAGUGUCCGCAUACUGCUGGUCAAACUGUGUGGCACAGCGCCAGGCAAACCCUUGUGGGCCAUCAACCCCAGCUGGGAUGUUCCACAGCCUCUAAAGGCGCUAAUCAUGGCAAUGCAGGUUAGCUUUCUGCAGGACUUUAGCUACGUAUUAUUGGGAAAGGCAAGGGAGCUGGCGACCCGUGGCAACUAUAUCGAUGCCGUGUCCAUGCUGAGUGUGCUCAAGUCUGAGACGCAGCGACAGGAGCUGGUGGGCAGUGCACAGAUCAUGUGCAAGCUGAUAACGUGGGAAAUUCUUCACAUUCAAAUCACACAAUGUCUGGAGGAAUGGCAUCAAAAGCCACUUGAUUUGCCAGCUCUCGGUGUACGAUGUAAACAGUGUCUAGGUGCUCUGCAAGCGGGUGAUUCGAUGAUUCCUCGAAUGGACAUUCUGGAGAGUUGCGCCAUCAUGCUACUCAAUCUGACGGACUUUCCGCCACUUCUCUACCUGGACAAGCGGUCACAGCUGAUGGAGUUGCCGUUGGUCUUUGCCGCCACAUUUACGGAAAUGGAGAAGAUGAAGGGGCCCAAGAAGGCAUGUCGUGACGCCUGGGAGCUGAUGCUGAGCAUGUUCCUCAAUGUGCCCAAGCGGGCGAACGCCGCAGGAGCCGGCAGCGGUGCCAGCAGCUCUCUUCAGACGUUUCUGCAGCGGGUGCGACACCAGAGUGUCUUUGGACUGGCUAUUUCAAUGCUGGGAAAGAUGCACAACAUACUGAAAGAUGAUCCUAAUCACGAUCUGAGCUGCGAGUACAUGCAGCUCUGGCCCACCAGCAUUACCAACCCCAACAGCUACAGCUUACGCAGUGUCAGCGAGACGCUGCAGUGGCUGCUCUCGGAAGCACUGAGCCACUAUCCGCAGACCAUCUCCUGGCUGAAGAUGAAGGGUGACCUGGAGCUGGCCAUUGGCAACAAUGAGUCCGCCAUGCGCUGUUAUGUCAAUGCCCUGGUCACCGGCACCGACUACUGCACCAUGCCGUUGCAGCGCAACGUGGCCGAUGACUAUGUGAUCCGAAAGAUGAUCCGAUGCGCCGCCAAUCUGGGCUGUCACAUGCAGGCCACUGUGCUGUGCCAGUUCCUCGAGGAGAUUGACUAUGGCAUUGUCUUCAAGAAUCUCAGUGAGAAGUCAUCCAACUUCACGGAUGCCAUGGAUGCGUACUACAGUUGCAUUUGGGACACAACACUCCUCGAAUUUAUCGUCAAUCUACAUGCCAAGCGAGGAGAGCAUAGUCGCAAAUUGGAGGCGAUCUCAAUGAUGGGCACCUUGGAGCUGAACGCCAACAACAAUGAGGAGAUCAAACGAGAGAGCGCCAUGGUGCGAAAGUCCCGCUUCCUCCGCGCCCUGGCCAAGCAGUAUUUGCUGUAGUCCGUGGCGGGGGCAUUCCCAGCCUCGCCCACAACUAAAGCCACGCCCAAGCCCAAAAAGAUGACCAAUUAGAUUUAAGCCCAAUAUGUUUUUUAUAACUGUAUGAAAGUAGCUUGUAAUAUUAAAGAGUAGCAUUAAGUGUGUAAGGUGGUUAAAUUAAAAAGAAACAUGUUAA